AUGAGUAAGAAAGUACCAGAUCAAUCCCUCCGGCUUAACUGGGUCUACGGAUACCGAGGCCACCAGUGUCGGUCGAACUGCCAUUUCAAUGAAGAAGGCCACAUUGUCUACUUCGUUGCAGCGACUGGAAUCGUCUUUUCUCAAGAUCAUCAAAAGCAGGCUUUUUACCUUCAUCACAAUGAUGAUAUUCUCUGCCUUUCAAUGCAUCCAAACAAGAAGCUAGCUGCAUCUGGCGAAACUGGAAAAGAUCCCCAAAUAAACAUUUGGGAUACCACGACGAUGAAGACGAAAUCUGUUCUCAAGAAAGAAGGAACCCACACUCACGGUGUCGGAAGCGUUGGUUUUUCUACAUGCGGGAGUAGAGUUCUCUCAGUUGGGAUUGACCCAAAAAGUCUCGUUGCAAUUUGGGACUGGGAAUCGGCGAGGCAACUCUGUAUCGUUUCCGGCCAUUCGGAUCGCAUUUUCGACUCUUGCUUCACGCCAAACAACGAUGGAAGCUUUUAUACAGUCGGCGUGAAGCAUAUCAAGGUCUGGAACUUGAUGGGAAACACGCUCAAGUCGAAACGAGGUGUCUUUGGAGACAACGGGUCCCUUCAAACUGUUCUUUGUGUCACUCGUGAAAACGAAACUGGCCGAGUCUUGUCCGGAACGAUGGACGGAUCCAUCUACUCAUGGGAAGGAAAUAACCUCGUCAAAUCCCUUCCGAACGCUGCGCCUGGACCAAUUUACUCAAUUCACUCCUACGCUGACGGAUACAUCGCUGGUGGAAAAUUUGGUUGCAUCAUUAUGCUCGACAACGAGUUGGAAAUCACGAAGAAGAUCGAACUUGGAGAGCUAGAAGCCGAACUAGCGACUAGUUACAUUCGAUCUUUGAGCAUCAACGACGAUGGUGAAAUUCUCGUAGGAACAUCUCAAUCUGAUGUUCUUGUUCUCAACGCUGAUCAUGAAGAAAUCACCUGGAUUACUCGAGCGCAUUCGGAAGGAGAACUUUGGGGCCUCGCCUCGCAUCCGGAAGAAAUGAAAGCGGUGACAGCUUCUGAUGAUAAAUCAAUUCGCGUUUGGGAUUUGGAAGCUCACGAGCUAAGUCUGGUCGCUUACGCUGAGGCUGAAGCUCGAAGCUGUUGCUGGUCACCUGAUGGUUCCACCAUCGCCGUUGGUUUCAAAGAUGGCUCGCUGAAAAUCUACAACGCGGAGGACAUGAGCGAGGUGAAAGCCAUUCAUGAUCGAAAACAAGCCCGUCAUUGUUGCGCAUUUUCGCCAUCUGGUGAAUUCCUCGCGGUCGGAUCGAACGACAACAAGAUCGACAUUUACACCGUCGCCGAUGAUUACGCUGAUACGGCUGUUGGUGCGAAGGCUAGCUCGUUUAUCACUCAACUUGACUGGUCAGCUGAUUCUUCUCACAUCGCUGCUUGUGACGGAGCGGGAGAGCGAUUAAUUUACGAUGCUAGUGGUGAACACGUGACUGAUUCAGAAGUUCUUGGAGGCUUGGAAUGGGCGACGACGACAGGCGUCGUUGGUGAAAACGUGGAUGGAGUUUUUCCGAAGUACUCUCAAUUGAACGAUGUCAACUCGGUAGACAAGCGUGGCGAAAACGACCUAAUCGCGACCGGAGACGACUUCGGUCUCGUGAAGCUCUUCCGUUACCCAGCUUCCAAGCGUGGCGCCAAGUUCAGAAAGUACAAUGGUCACUCUGCGCAUGUUACGAAUGUGCGCUGGACUCUAGAUGGAAAUUAUCUACUUACAACUGGCGGCGCCGAUCAUGCUCUCUUUCAAUGGAAGCUCGUCGGUGACUCUGAAAGCAUUGACGAAGGUGUAGAAGUUGUCGAAGGCGACGAUGAUGACAUUGCUUCGAACUCUGGUAUCGAUUCUAAUUCAGAGGAUUCGGAUUCAUCCGAUCCAGAUCGCGACGUAGACUCAGAUCUGGAAGCGGAAAUGGAAGAAACUUAUUCCCGUGAUCUGUACAACGAAGACAUUAUUCAACUCAAGUCCGAGAGCACCAAAACUGAAGGAGUUUCCCAAAAGCGCCCAAGUGCACCAGAGAACAGUCUGACUUUGAAAUGGUGUGCAGGUUACAGAGGCCACGAUUGCCGAGAGAACGUCAAAUACACUCAAGCUGGCGAAAUCGUCUUUCACUCCGCAGCUCUUGGAAUCGUUUACAACCGAGAGGAGCAUUCGCAAAGAUUUUAUUAUGGACACACAGAUGAUAUUCUAUCCCUGACUCUCCACCCAACCAAGGAAAAUGGUAAAAAAGAUACAAGUCCGAAGACCGGUGACCAGCGAUGUGAGAUCAAUGUAGCGAGGCCGCGCGGAGCGGACAUUGUCGCCACUGGUCAAAUCGGGCGUAACCCAGCCAUUCAUGUUUGGGAUGCUCUCACGAUGCAGACCAUCUCGAUCUUCAACGGCGUUCACGAACGGGGCGUAUGUGCAUUGGAUUUUACCUCUGACGGAAAACGACUAUUGUCAGUGGGUCUCUCGGACGAGCAUGUUAUAGCUGUUUGGGACUGGCGUCGAGGAGAAUGCGUUUCCAAGGUCAACGGGUCGAAAGACAAGGUCUUCUGCGUCCUCUCUGAUCCACAUGAUCCGUUGAAAUUUGUGUCCACUGGAGUCAAGCAUAUCAAGUUCUGGAAGAUUGUUGGCGCUAGCGCUGAAGGAAAGCGAGGUAUCUGCGGCUCAAACGGAGAAACAACUUCACAUCUCUGCGGCACUCAUGGCGAAGACGAGGGCAUCUUCUAUUCAGGAGGGCAAAAUGGAAAGAUUUACUGCUGGCAGGGAAAUCAACUCCAGCGAGUCGUCGACUCACAUGAAGGCCCUGUGUUUACGCUUUGCAAGUUGCCAGAGGGUUUUCUCUCCGGAGGAAAGAACGGAUGGAUUUAUCUCUGGGACCAGGACAUGACCGAGAAGCAACGAGAUUACGAGGUCAAAGCGGAAAAUGUCUCCGAAGACUCGCAUGGUCCUCUAAUUGCGGAUAAUCCAUCGAUUCGAACAAUCAUCAUGGGAGACGACUUCCUUAUCGCUGGUACAAAGAACGGUGAGCUGAUGGAACUUGACAAGGAAGGACCGAUCAAAGUUCUCGUCCAAGGACACGCGCAGGGCGAAGUUUGGGGCUUGGCCACUCAUCCAGAGGAACAAGUCGUUGCUACGAUUUCUGACGAUAAGAGCAUUCGAGUAUGGGAUGUGGAAAACCAAAAGAUGACCGCAGCAAAAGAGCUUGGCAAAGCUGGACGAGCUCUUACUUACUCUCCCGACGGAACUAUCAUUGUUGCUGGCUUCCUUGAUGGUUCAGUCAUGCUUCUUGAGGCAGAAUCACUGGAAAUUGUGAAAGAAUUCCAACAUAGAAAGCAGAAUAUUUCGGAUGUCAAGUUUGAUCCUUUUGGCAGAUUCGUCGCUGUUGGCAGUCACGAAAACUUCGUCGAUGUUUACUCGAUCCAGAAGAAGAAACGAAUCGGAAUUUGCAAGGGAAGCUCUAGCUACAUUACUCACGUAGAUUGGACUACCGAUGGCAAAAUCAUUCAAAUAAACUCCGGCGCAAGCGAGCGAUUGUUCUAUGAAAUUCCAAGCUGCAAGCGAAUCACUCCUGAUAAAGCAACCAUUGCGAAGAUGUCCUGGCAUCUGUGGACGUCUGUUCUAGGUCCAGAAGUUGAGGGAAUCUGGCCUGCAUAUACGAAUGUUACAGACAUUAACACUGCCUGCACUGAUCGAGAUAUGAACAUCAUCGCUACUGGUGAUGAUUUUGGAAUGGUGAAGCUGUUCAAGUAUCCUUCGAUGGAAAAGCACGCGAAAUGCAAGAAAUACACCGGCCAUUCUUCGCACAUUACAAAAGUUCGCUUUACAGCAGGUGAUAGCCAGCUUGUUUCCACUGGUGGAUUAGACGCCUCCGUGAUGAUCUGGCAACGACCUGAAAGCAAGGAAGUCCACGAGUCGGAUGACGAAGAUACUGACGACGAUGAUGAUUUCUUCGAUAGCGACGUCGACGAAGAGAUGAAGAUCGACUACGACAGACAGACAAACUCUGAUAACCGACGAGAACAGCGACGUAACAAGGGCGACGCAGCUGAAAUCGAACUAGAGCCAAUAGAGUCUAGGACGCAUUUUGCCCGUGGAGGCGACGAGCUCAACUUCAUGGCGAAUUUCAACUCAGAAGAUGACAAUAAAAUCGACACUCUCGCACUCAAGCAUGUUUUCGGCUAUCGAGGAUAUGAUGCUCGCUGUAAUCUGGACUUUCAACUCUCUGCUACUGGCCCUGAUACCAUUUCGCGGAUCAUUUACCACGCUGCUGGCGUUGCGAUCGUCCAAGAUAUGGAAACCAAAGAGCAGUUCUUCUAUGACCAACAUUCCGACGAUAUUCUUUGCCUGACGCAGAAUAAACAUCCAAACUAUAGAUCUGUAGUCGCUACUGGUCAACUUGGAGGAAGCGUUCAUGUCUGGAAUAUCGACGACAAUGAGUCAACUACCGAGACGCUUUCGAUCAUCUCUGGUCUCUCAGGAGGAGUAUCCGCAGUCUCUUUCUCUGGAUCUGGAAAGCUCAUCCUCGCCGCGUCACUCGAUUCCGAACACACAGUUUCCGUUUACCGCUGGCAAACUGGCCAGAAAGUUGCAUCGAAAUGCUCCGGUCCUCGUCAAAUUUUCCAAGCAGAUUUCCGACCAGAUUCUGAUUCGAAAUUCGUGACUGUCGGUGAACGCGCUCUAUUUUUCUGGCAAAUUGCUGGUUCUGUCUUGCUUUGUAAAAAAGCCCAGCCAGGUUGUCUGAACCUCAAUCAAGUCGGCACAUGUUUGAGCUUGGCGUUUGGCACUGACGAUAUGACUUUUACUGGAAUGGCAACUGGAGCUGUCAUCGUCUGGCAAGGUUCAAACGCGCAAAGAAUCAUCGAACGAGCUCACAAUGGUCCCGUUUUUGCCAUGUUCACGACUUUGAAAGACGGAUUGAUCGUGACCGGUGGCAAAGAAAAGUCUUCCUCCGGCGCAAUUAAGCUUUGGGAUAGUCAGAUGAAGAAAUGCAAGAGCUUCCAUGUUCCAAUCGAGAACGACGCUAAAGAAAGCGUAACUGUCAAAGCUGUUGCCCGAGUCAAAGGAAAGAUCCUUGUUGGAACAAAAGACAACGCCGUUGCUGUGAUAAACGAAAAAACAAGCGAAGCAAAUCUCAUCGCUUCCGGCUCAUCUGACGGGUCCUUGCGCGUCUGGGAUGUUGAAUCAAAGAUGCUUCUUCAAAAAGUCCACUUUGCCGCUGGUGUGACCGCUGUUCGAUAUUUGAACUUGACAGAUAUUGACGACGAGGCGCUCAUUUGCGUCGGCCUAGAGAAUGGGGAAAUUCUCGUGUUAUGUAACGAACGAAUUUUAUCGAAGAGAAGAGAUACUGGAAAACCCAUCACUUUUAUCCAGAACAUCGGAAACAAAGUGGCAGUAGGACAAGAUAACAACCUGAUCUUUUUCACAAUCGACCAGGAAAACAAGUUCAAACUUGCUAAAGAAGGCUUUGCCCAAGGCCUCGCUGCUCCUGUCACUUCAGUCGACUUCUCAGAGAACGAAAAAUUCGCUGCUGUAGCUUUGGACAAUGACGAUUUCGUCAUUUGCAUCGUUCCAUCGGCAGAAAUUCUCGACCUCGAAGAUCCUCGAAUUCCUCAGCUCAAAUGGCAAACAUUCCACUGCCCGCGCCAUCCCCUUGUCGCUCCUUUCAACUCAACUUGCGCCACUGUAUCGACUUCAGGAAAAUAUGUCGCGAUGGGGGAUGAUCAAGGAUCCAUUCAACUCCAGGAAUUCCCGCCGAAAACUAUGGGAGGAAUGAUGCAUUACGGCCACGGAGAAGCCGUGACAUCAAUUUGCUGGACUUGCGACGACAAAUUUAUCAUCUCCGCCGGUGGAGACGAUCAAACUCUCUUUGUUUGGGAUGCUAAGACGAACGAAGAGUAA